AAAUUGCUAAAAUAUUUAAGUUUUUAUGGGUUUACAAACGAUUAAUAUAAUAUAUCUGAGUUAUGUAAAUAUCUUUUGCAAAAGCAUACAGAAGAUGAUGUGAGAAUAACAAGAAAUUCUAUAAAUAUCCGAUGACCUACGUCUUCAGCAUGGAGAGUAUAAUAGAUACGUACACAUCAAGUUUUGUCAAACUAAGUACACAGUCUAUUAUUUAGGAAUGACGACUGAGGCUGAGUUUCUACCCAUUAUUAGGCUUCAGGCUGACGAUACAACCGCAUUUCUUCGCGCAGCUCGAUCUGGAAACCUCGAAAAAGUCAUCGAAUAUCUAGACACUGAUUUAGAUAUCAAUACAGCUAACUCGAACGGUCUAAACGCUUUGCAUUUAGCAUCGAAAGAUGGACACGUUGAGAUAGUGACGGAACUUUUGAAAAGGGGUGCAAAGGUCGACGCUGCGACAAAGAAAGGCAAUACCGCAUUGCACAUAGCAUCUUUAGCUGGUCAAGCGGAAAUAGUUAGUAUUCUUAUUCAAUAUGGUGCUGCGGUUAAUAUUCAAUCGCAAAAUGGAUUCACACCAUUAUAUAUGGCGGCCCAAGAGAAUCACGAUCAGGUCGUCAAGCUGUUGCUUAGCAAUGGAGCCAAUCAAAGCCUCGCUACGGAGGAUGGAUUCACCCCGCUUGCUGUUGCUAUGCAGCAAGGCCACGACAAAGUCGUCAGUGUACUUUUGGAAAACGAUUCGAAAGGAAAAGUCAGGCUACCGGCGCUUCAUAUCGCCGCUAAAAAGGACGAUUGUAAAGCCGCCGAUUUACUUUUGCAGAACGACCACAAGCCGGAUGUCACGUCUAAGAGUGGCUUCACGCCUCUCCACAUUGCUGCUCAUUAUGGAAACGAGGAGAUAGCACGUUUGUUAAUUAAACGUGGUGCUGAUGUGAACUAUUUGGCAAAACACAAUAUCAGUCCUCUUCAUGUAGCAGCGAAAUGGGGCAAAAAUAACAUGGUAAAAAUCCUGUUAGAAAACUCGGCACAAAUAGAUGCAAAAACUAGAGAUGGUUUAACUCCAUUACAUUGUGCUGCACGAUCUGGACAUGAGGAAGUUGUUAAUACUCUCCUUGAGAACUCAGCACCAAUCAGUGCACGUACAAAGAAUGGUUUAGCACCCUUGCAUAUGGCCUCUCAAGGAGAUCACGUGGAUGCUGCUAGGGCAUUACUCUAUCAUCGUGCACCAGUGGACGAAGUAACGAUCGAUUAUUUAACUUCGCUACAUGUAGCCGCACACUGCGGCCACGUUAGAGUCGCGAAAUUGCUUUUGGAUAGAAAGGCGGAUCCAAAUGCACGAGCUUUAAACGGUUUUACGCCUUUGCACAUCGCUUGCAAGAAGAAUCGUAUAAAGGUCGUCGAGUUGUUGCUGAAACAUGGCGCAUCGAUCGAGUCUACGACAGAGUCCGGACUGACUCCCUUACACGUGGCCAGUUUUAUGGGAUGCAUGAAUAUCGUGAUAUUCCUACUACAACACGAAGCCAAUCCCGACGUGCCAACUGUUAGGGGAGAAACACCCCUACACCUGGCAGCUAGAGCUAAUCAAACCGAUAUUAUUCGAAUUUUAUUAAGAAAUGGAGCCAAAGUCGAUGCACGUGCUAGGGAACAACAAACACCGUUGCACAUCGCAUCCAGAUUGGGUAACAUCGAUAUAGUUAUGUUACUCUUGCAACACGGUGCAGCCGUUGACACAACAACGAAAGAUAUGCACACGGCAUUGCACAUUGCAGCAAAGGAAGGUCAGGAGGAGGUGGCCGCUAUUCUAGUGGAGAAUAAUGCUUCGGUAAAAGCCACAACGAAAAAUGGUUUUACGCCGCUCCACAUAGCGGCCAAAUAUGGCAAUAUGAACGUGGCAAAGAUCCUUCUACAAAAGGACAGCAAGCUUGAUGCUCAAGGAAAGAACGACAUUACACCACUGCAUUUGGCUUGUCAUUACGAUCACCCAAAUGUCGCGAAUCUUCUAUUAGAGAAAGGUGCUUCACCCCAUCUUGCAUCACAGAAUGGACAUACUCCGUUACACAUCGCUGCUCGUAAAAAUCAGAUGGACAUUGCUUCUACUCUGUUGGAAGGCGGAGCGAACGCAAAUGCCGAAUCUAAGGCAGGAUUCACGCCUUUACAUUUGAGCUCACAAAAGGGUCAUUACGAUAUGACGAAUUUACUUAUUGAGCAUGGAGCUGAUCCAAACCAUAAAGCUAAGAAUGGUCUAACAGCGUUGCACCUCUGUGCUCAAGAAGAUUUCGUCAGAGUCGCUUCUAUUCUUGUAAAAAAUGAUGCCAAUGUCGAAAGUCAAACCGAGACUGGUUAUCGACCAAUUCACGUUGCCGCACAUUUUGGAAAUCUCUCGAUGAUACGAUUUCUAUUAAAACACAAUGCUGAGAUCGACGUAAGAACGGCUCAAAAUUACACACCUCUUCAUCAAGCCGCGCAACAGGGUCACGCUCAUGUUGUUAGUGCUCUAUUAGAAGGGAAUGCUUCGCACAAAGCUCGUACAAACGAUGGCUUGACUGCUUUAAAUAUUGCUCAAAAGUUAGGAUAUAUAUCAGUGAUGGAAGUAUUGAAAGGAAUGCCUUACGAUAAUUUAGUUCCGGAUAAUAAAAAUUGGGAAGAAAAGUACAAAGUUAUAGCACCAGAGAGUUUGCAAGAAACGAGUCUCAUGUCCGAUUCGGAUGACGAGGGUGCUUCGGAUGCAUUGAUUAGCGAGCAACCAUACAAAUAUCUUACCGCGGAUUUAAUGAAGAGCCUACGAGAUGAUUCCUUACCAAUCGAUGUGACGAAGGACGACCCAAUACACAGACAAGUUACAAAAGAAGAAAAACAGGAAUUCACCCAAAGCAAUAAUUACUGUCUGGCAGAAAACUUUGACAGUAAUGAUGCAUUGAAUUUGGGGAGACUUCACUUCCGAUCAUUUUUAGUGAGUUUCCUCGUGGAUGCACGAGGUGGUGCAAUGAAGGGUUGCAGGCACAGUGGUGUACGAAUAAUUGUUCCACCCCGUAGAGCAACGAUGCCGUUACGGGUAACGUGUAGAUUAGUAAAACCUAGUAAAGUAGCUAAUCCACCGCCUCUAAUGGAAGGUGAAGCUUUAGCAACUCGAAUUAUAGAGAUGGGUCCAGUUGGAGCAAACUUUUUAGGGCCAGUAUUGAUCGACAUACCACAUUUUGCAUCGAUCCGUGGCAAAGAGAGAGAAAUUAUUAUUCUUAGGAGUGAAAAUGGAGAAACAUGGAAGGAACAUGAUAAUUCCGUUGAUAAUGACGAUACUUUGCUUAAUACACCACAUGAUCCCCAAAUGAAUGCAGCCCAUUCCGGCAGAAUAACUCGUAUAAUAACGACUGACUUUCCUCAAUAUUUCGCGAUAGUGACUAGAAUCAAGCAAGAAGUACACGUAAUAGGAGCCGAAGGUGGAAUUUUAAUGUCCAGUGUAGCAAACGACGUUCAAGCCGUAUUUCCACCUGGUGCUCUGACGAAAAAAAUUAAAGUUGGCUUACAAGCACACGUCAUCCCUGCGGAGCUUACAGCCAAACUUUUAGGUAACUGUGUUGCUGUAUCACCAGUCAUUACAAUUGAGCCCAGGAGAAGAAAGUUUCACAAGCCGAUUACCUUGACAAUACCCGUACCACAAGCUGCAAACAAAGGAAUGAUCAAUCAAUACGGAGGCGAAACACCAACUUUACGAUUGCUUUGCAGCAUCGCUGGUGGUACCAGUGAAGCUCAAUGGGAAGAUGUUACUGGUUCAACACCAUUGACGUUCAUGAACGACCGUGUGUCCUUUACAACUACAGUUUCAGCUAGGUUUUGGCUGAUGGAUUGUAGGAAUAUUAGCGAAGUUCCAAAAAUGGCGACGGAACUAUAUAAAGAAUCUUUGUUUGUACCUUACAUUACAAAUUUCGUGAUAUAUUCAAAACGGAUGGAUACUCUCGAAGCUACAUUAAGAAUAUUGUGCAUGACUGAUGGCAAGGAAGGAAUGCACACAUUGGAAAGACAAGAAGAGUUCUUAGAGAUUGUAAAGAGUCGUGAUGUCGAGGCUCUACAUGGAAAAGAUCUUUACAUCGAAUUCAGCGGAAACCUAAUACCAGUCACAAAAUCAGGAGUACAAUUAAAGUUUACUUUUAAAGCUUUCCGUCAGAAUCGUCUAUCGUUUCACGUUAAAGUAAGAGAUCCACUUUUGGAUCCUGUAGCAAGAAUGUUGUUUAUGCGCGAGCCCAAAGUUGCAAAGGGUGAACCACCACAGCAACCAAUUUGUGUACUGAAUAUCGUCUUACCUGAGGUUACGAGCAAAAUUGAAAUUCAGAAGAAACUAACAGCAGUGUACGAAGAUUCGAAUAUCAUAAGUCAAAAAAUGGACUUUUACAAAUCAAAAUACGGUAUGGAACAGAAGGAGAAGGGAGACCAGCCAAAAGACACGUCACCUUCAGAGGAAAAAUUCAUUGCCGAUACUCUACAGAAAGAACAAACAGAUGCCGCUACUAUCCACGAAUCCUUUGCACAAAAAGCGGCUUGUCCCCUAGAAUCCGUAGAUGCUAGUUAUCCCAAUAAAGUAGCCGGCCAACAAGAGCACGAUCUUUCGCCUAGCGUCGAAAAGCAAACAUAUUCGGAGAAGCGAAAAUUUUGGGAGGAUAUAUCAAAGAAGAGAGAGAGUUAUCAACGUUCCGAAUCCGAGGUAUCAAGGACCUCACAAUUGACGGUCAACGAGAGUGACAGUGAGUAUAUGCAAAAUGUCGUAUCGGAGGAAGAGAUAACUGAGGUAACAUCUGUUGGCUCGGAUACUAUGGAAAAUGUUAAUAUCCCUGAUAUUUCGGAAUGUUCCGUGGCAGAGAAGGCACAUUAUUUUGAGGAACAAAUACAAAAGGAAUUGAGUAAGGUACCGGCUAAAUUGCAACAGCAGGAUUCUGUGAAACUUGAAAAAGAUAAAAGUGUUAAGGUUAAACGAACGGAAAAGUCUAUUGAUGUUGGCCAAGUGGAAACGACGAGAGAUGUGGAACACGAGGGGAAAGAAUUAAAGUCGAGUCAUGUAGAAGAGAAGGAUAAGGACGAAAGUGAUAAAUUAAGGAAGGAAGACUUUAAAGGUGAAGAGAUUAUAUAUAAGGAAAGGAUCGAUGAGUUUGUUAGGAAGGAAUAUCAGGAGAAAUUAGUUGUCGGUUUGGAAAAAAAGGUUGAGCUGCACCGAGAAGUAAGGGAUAUAGAGGACAAGAAAGAAGAUGAAAGGAAAGAAUCCGGACUAAAGAAGAAAAAGGAAGAAGAGGAAAUUAAGAAGAAGGCAGCUGAACUACAGAAAAAGCUAGAGGAAGAAGAAGCAAAGAGGAAAGAGACUGAAUUGAAGAAGAAACACGAAGAAGAGGAAGCAAAGAAAAAAGAAGCUGAACUAAAGAAGAAACAAGAAGAAGAAGAAGCAAGAAGGGUAAAGAAAAAAGAAACUGAAUUGAAAAAGAAACAAGAGGAAGAUGCGAAGAAAAGUGAAUCAAAGAGGAAAGAAGAAAUGGAACUUCAAAAAGAAGCAUAUGAGGAAUUGGAAAAACACAUCGAAAAAGCUACAUUGGUACAAAUUUUACCAGAACAAUUGGAGAGGUCGAUCGAGGAAGCUAGGGAAAUACAUCAGAAAGAAUUACCAGAGCAUAUAGACAGAAUCGUCGAAAAACACGAGUUGGAACUUCAAAAAGAAUAUUUAAUGGAACGUGGAGAAUCAUCGACGGAAUCGCCAAAGCACUCUAUGGAAAUUGCAGGUAAAGAAAGUGAAUUGAUGCAGAUACAUUCAAAACAGACGGAGCAUAAAGAAGAUAUUUCAAUGCAAGAUAAGGGUUUGGGUAAGGAUAUGUCAACUGGGAGACGUGUUAUAAAGGAAGAAACAACUAUAAUAUGGAAGGUUCAAGAAGAUGGAAGCUUAGUGCAAGAAAAAGUGACAAAGACCGUUCAGAUCGAAGGGGAUGAAGAUGUGCCUGUAACCACAGAAAUAAUGAAUGUUCCUGAAACUAGUUUAGAACCAAAAGUGCUAUACGAAGCACAUUAUACUGCUGCUGAUUUGGAGGAAAAGUUGAAGGAGGAUACUAAGAUCGAAAUAAGUAAAAAAGAUCAAGUUACUGCGUUUAUUCCGGAAGUACAAAAAGAAAAGACUGAAGAUUUAGAAAAAGAAAAAUUAGAAGAGGAUAAGAUUCCUCUUCAAAAGUCCACGAUAGAAAGUGAUAGUAAGCUAACGAAAAAAGAAUUUGAAUCGCGUAUACCGAUUUCGAUGGCUAAAGUUGAAAAAGAUAGAAAUCACAAAGAAUCGAGAAGCAAAACUUCGACAGAGUCGAAACGUUUGUUAGAGAAAUCAGAAAUCGAUAAAUCGAGCGCACCACAGGAAGAGCCUAGCAUCACAUCACCCGUGGAUAAGAAGAAAGAAUUUGAAUCUCGUAUUCCUAAACGUAUCAUAGAUACUUCUGCAACUAAAUCGUUUGAGAAAGAUAUUAAAAAGGGAUAUCACGUUAAGACGGAAACGGAAACUUGCACGGUGACCGAGAAGAAAUCCUCCAGCCAAGAAACAACUUCCAAGAGUGAAACUCAAACGUUUUCUAAAACUUUUACCGAUCCACAUAAAGCAUUUAAAUUGCUCGAGGAUAUGAGCGAGAAAGAUACAAUAAAACUAUCUAAAGUCGAUCAUAAAGCUUCCAGUAAGUUAGAAAAGAAAGAAGUUGUAUCUUCCGAAAUUUCUAAAGGCACGGACAAAUAUAUCGUGCACGAAGAAAAAGAACAAAUCGAAUGUAAGAAACUAUCAGAAUCCAAAAUGAAAAAGGAAUCGUCGACUGAAACUGUAGAAAAAGAGGAAAGUAAAAGCAAGAAAGUAGACGAAACGGCUGUUCAAAAGAUGUCGAUAAAUUUACAAGAUGGACAAGAAACGAUCGAUGCAAGCGCUUCGAAAAAUAGAGUCGAAGCCAAGAAGGAACAAUUAUCUAAAAAACUUGAAGACAAGGAAGGUAUAAUGACUGAGGAAUCUGGAGUCAGUAGACUGAAGGAAAGUGAUAUCGAUAUAGCCGUUAGAAUACAUAAAGAGGAUGUUGAAAAAAAGAAAGUUGAAGACACCGGAGAACCUCCAGUGACAUCUAAAAUAUUCGAAGACUUAGGAAAAGUGGAAAUGGUAACUAAAGGAGAGUCGCAUAAAGAAACUGUUGAAAGUUUCGAUGCAAGACACUUUAUACCUAGCAGCAAAGUAGAAGAGAAGUUGGUAUCCGUUGAAAAAGAUGGAAAGCCAGAAGAAAAAGCUCAAGUCCUGAGCCAUGAAACUUUGGAAGAAAAACAACGACGUGCUGCAAAAGAAAUAGAGGCUAGGCAAAUAGUGGAGUGUCUUAUAGAAUCGAUCGAAAAUGAAAUAACAAAAAGAUCGUCUAUAACGGAAGAUCCGAAAGCUGCCAUCAUUGACAGUAAUUAUUUACAGCAAGUUAUUAAAGAAAGCGUGGAAACGGAUCAUGAAAAGUUAGCUGAUGAUUUAACGAAAAAAUUCGAAAGUAUUAUGAAGAGGACAAUGGACGAAGAAUUGGUAGAAUCUACAAAGGACACUGACUCUACCGCGGAAUCGGCAAAACUAAGAUCGUCUAUACACGAAGAAGAGAAAAGAUCUACCAGAGAUAGCAUGAGUAUAAGCGAGGAUAUAACGAAGGACGAAGAGUCUUCGAUUCACGAUAAAGACGAAAGCUUCCUUUUAUCUUCGUCACAGGCAAGAUUACCUGAGAGAGACAUCACAAUGAGUCCAAGUAGUAUAUCGGAUCAAAUAGAGUUGGAAGAAACGAUGGACGUUGAUACGAAUGAACUUGAAGACAUUACCAAGCCAACUUCGAGUCCACAAUCAGAAAAAUUACGUUCUGAUAGAUCUAGCGCGCAAGCUGAAUCGUUACAGAGAGAAUCAUACGAACCUCAAUACGAUAUCAGCUUGCCAAAGGAUAGAAUAUAUGACGUUUCUGGAGCUAGAGUAUUGGAGAUCGUUGAACCAGGUAUCGAUAGUCAAUCGAGACAAGAUUCCGUCGAUGUGCCAUCUUUAGAAAUGGACGAAUAUAAAAUUUCUGAAGAUACAGGAAAAACUAUUUCAUCCCUGCACGAAAGUGCAGCCGUAGAUUCUUUGGAAAGGAUUGCUCAAGAACGCGAUAUGACUUUUAGUCCUAGUACAGUAUCGGAAGACAUUAACGUUGACUACUCCCUGGUACACGAACAGAUCCCUACGACAACAACGGAAAAAUACGAAGUCAGUGUAAAAAGAGCUGAUAGUUUUGAAAUCGAAAGUCCACCUCUUGUUUCACCAAGAUUAAAAAUAAGGCACGAUCUUGAAAUAAAGCCAGUCAAUUGGAUGAUCGGUGAUGAGAAAAUCGAAAUAUCUGAGACCCUACAACCUUCGCAGGUCUUCAAUCAAGAAUUAGAGGAAUAUGAGACGACUAUAAAGAAGCAAAGAUUAUCUUCCCAAAGCGAAUCAGCUGAUUUGGAACAAGAAUCUGCUACAAAAUCUUCAGAAGAUCCAAGUGUUAUAGAAUCUAUCAAGGAAUCUGUAACAACAGGAGAUACAACGGUGACCACAGUAAUUAAAACAAAAAAGUUUACCGUCAUCCCUGUCAGUGAUCAAGACAUAGAGAGUGAAUUAAUAGAAAAUAAAUUAGAAGUUAGCUGUCAAGAAUUAGUGGAUACUUUAAAACGUGAAUAUGAAGCUAAAACACCUACCGAAGAUUUAACUGUCAGUAUACGGCGACCUUUAUCCUUAGAAGAAGCGAAAAUAAAAUUAAGUGAAAUGAAACUAGUGGAAUUAAGUAAAAUCGAGACAACUACCGAUCAACUUGAAAUUUCUACCGAAAAAGAAAGCAUUGACACUGCUAAAGAAAUUACGUCCGUCUCUGAAGAAAAAUCAGAAACUAAAGAAGAAGUUACGGAGCAAAUUGGGAAAGACGAAGAGACCGGUGGAGAGCCAUUAAUAGAGAAAUACGAGGAUGAUACAGUAAAGGAUACUACUAUGAGCAAAAUUGGGCUUAGCUUGGAGGAGGUAGCAGAACCAUUGAAGGAAGAUGUAAAGCUUUUGGAAGACACCCAAACGCAAGAUAUUGCUGCUGGAGAAACAUUGGAGGAUGAUGUUGAUAAGGCUGUCCACGUGGACGAUCUCGCGAAAAAAUGGACGGAACCGAGCCUAACAAAAAUAAAAAUUUCUAGCGAUGACUAUAAAAGACACGUUGAGAAAGGUUUCGAAAAACGUGAGAAAGCAGCAAGAGCCAGCACGGUAACUUCUUCCGAUACAUGUGCCUUUAAACUAAAGAAAGACGAUCUUCCAGGUGUUGAUUUAAGCACGCGAUAUGCAAUUACAGUUCUAGAUCAAGUAGUUAAGAAAGAAAUAGCGGAGGUGAAGGAGUCCUUAGAGGCCGCGAGGCAAGACUUGAUAGAAGAACUCAGUGAGAACAGUGAGACUGUAAUACAAAUCAAAGACUCGCCUUCUGAAUUUCGAUUCAAAUUACAACCAGAAUCUAUACCCAAUGAUUUACCCUUUUUAUACAGACCUCCAUCUUUGGAACAGAUCGCCGUAGAUAUCGAAGGUAUGAAGACGGAGUCGUUGAUAACGAGCGAGGAAAAGCCUGAUGAAUCGAAAAGAGAUGAGAAAGAAAUUCCAGCUACGGAAAGUGGAUCGGAAGAAAUCGAGCUCGAAGCAUCCGGCGACGAAAUGGACAAAGAAAAGGUAUGUAUGGAUAUUGAGAUGGAGCUAGACAAGUCUGAAACGGAAACUCUAUCUGCCGUCCAUGAAGAGAGUAAAGAAGACGACGAUACGCGUCCUAGUCCCGUACCAGCCAGCAGAUCAUGCUCAGACGUAGAGUACAAAGACGAGAGUUCCUCCUCCUUGCAUCCACCUCAACCAGUACCAAGGAGACGACAUAAACCUGCACGGGCAUCGAAAAAAGUUACUUCCGAAAGUGAGGUCGAUCCUGGUUCCAGUUCGGGCGAGAGUAGCAACUAUCAAUCUUGCGACUACGAAAUUGGCAGUGGAAGUAGACCAAGUUCUUCCGAUGUAGAAGCCCUCCAGUCCGCUACGAUGCCACCAUCGGGAACAACUUCCGAGUAUGAGACAGCGAUGAUGUCCGUUGAACACUCCACCACCUCAAGGCCAACUUCUCAAGAAUAUCAAACUGCCGUGAGUACAUUAAGUUCUCGCGAAUCUAUGAAAUCUUUAAGUUCGUUUAGUUCAGGCCAUCUUGGUAGUAUCGAUAGUACCAGCGAGUUAUCAGAAACAUUGGUAGCAUCUGAAGCGGAUGCUGACAAGGGCGAAGAACACGAAGAUUUGGAACGUGCGUUUGACGAAGAACAUGCCGAAUCCGAUUCCUCUGGAAGCGAUAUACCUAUGGACGAUGCGAUGGACAAAAUCGAUAGCAACAUACCUUGUCGAAUGAAGCGAUCGUCGGAGAUGAUAUUUCAACAGAUCAUGGACGAUAACGCCGCUCUCGAUACGGAUUUAGAUGAGCCUAUUUUGGAGCAAGACACGAAGGGAGUCGAUUUUGCGACGUCUGCUUUUGUUGUAACACCUGGUGCCGUGCAAUCGGUAGAUAUAAUGACGGCUAGGGUUACGGAAGACGGCGUUCAAAGCGUAUCCACCCAGGUAAUCUCGACCCAAGUAACGACGUCAACAACUGAGAUACCUGCUGAAGAAACUACAUUGAAAACUACAGUGGGAACAGAAAUUGAUGAUAAACCAUCGGACGAGUCGCUCGAAAUGCCAAGUAUGGAACCAGAUUCUUUGGAACCGAAAUCUGGGAUAAGUGUUACAGCGGAUGAGAGUACUGAAACGGUGAUGCAAACAUCAGCGCGCUCGAUAAUACAGCAAGCAAGCAUGUCUACAUCUUCGACCUCCGGACUGUCUCUUGAUACAGUUAUAGAAAAAGCAAAAUCCGAACGAUCCGAAUCACCGGGUAGUGAUUCUUUUGAACUAGUCGAUAAGCCUGACAUUAUAGAUGACUUUGUUGUGAUCGAAGAAGUUGGACGUGAAGCAGAAGAAUUUGAUUCUGAAGGUAAAAGUAUACGUAUUACCGCAAUACCUCAAGUUAGUAGUAAACAAUAUGAUCGAGACUUGGAGAACUUAAUUACCGAGAAUAAAGAAGACUCUCAAGUAUCCACGAGUCAAACCUCGCGGAACAAUGAACUGUUCGACUUUGAAUCCGAAGAAAGUCCACCUCAAGCAUCCAACGACGAUCAAUAUUCUCAAUCUUAUUCGGACGAGGAACCGUACGAAACUGGUAAGAAAUGGAUUGAGAUGCAAUUUCAUGCGGACGCAAGAGUCUACGAUAUUGAAUACGAUCGUGGUCCCUUAGAAGAUAUCAAAGAAGAAGAGAUUACUGAUUUCGAGGCUGGUAGUAGUCGAUUUGGAAGUUUAGGAAGUCACAAAGAGUCAAUAGGAAGUGUUGGUAGCAUGCGUGGUAGUUUUGGUAGUACUCCGGAUUAUGAUGUUCUAGCUGGUAAAAAAUACUUCACUAAACCUUCGGAUCACGAUACUGUAUCCCUCAGUUCGUUGCAGGAAUUCGAACAUCUGGAGAGUGCCGUAGCGGCAGAAAACUCGAAAAGAUUGCAAUGUGGUUCUCAAGAUUCUAUUAAUAAUGGGAGUCUUCCAAGAAGGUAUAUGACUGGUCGAUCUGGUCAUGGAGAUGAUAUUUCUCUGUCUUCGUUAAAAGAUUUUGAAGGGCUAGAAAGAGCUUGUCGAGAAGCUCACUUAAUUGAACUUCGUGCUAGGGAGGAAGAAGAUCUUUUAGAACAUGAAAGUCCUGAAAAUAGAUACAAAAUGGAAAGUCUUCAACGUAAAUCGGAAAUUAGUGCGACGGGCUCGAUUAAUCCAAGCACUUCUGGCUCGGAUGACUAUGAGAAAAGAAUAAAGGAAAUUGAUGAGAUUAUACGUAUAGCUCAGUCUAACGUAGAGAGAUUAGACCGACAGGAUGAUACUACAGAAGAUAUUUCACAAAUAGAAAUUACGGAUAUUGAAAAAACUGGUUCAGAAGCUAUUGUACCAGUGGUAACAGAAGCUGAGGAUAUCCAACGUGCCAAAGAUACAAAUAUCAUGGAGACAAGUACAGAUUCAUUAGAAUUGGAAGAUAAUGCGGAUAAAAAACAUCCCUUAUGUCAAAGUUCAGAUUCUUUAGAAAUGAAAACAACAUUAGAUUUCCCAUCUUUAAGUUCUGACUCAUUGAAUAAUGUCAGGGAUACUAGAGACGCUCAACUUGACGUAGCAGAACAAUUUAGCAAUGGAAGACGUAUGUCAUCAGACUCUUUGGACGUACCUAUUAUUGAACAACCUGAUAAUGAAAUACAAGAAGAAAGUAAUAAUCGUUCUGAAAGACCAGCAGUUGAUAACUCUGUAGGACAAAGUUCGUCAACGGAAACAAAUAUUGCUAAACAAGAUACAACAAAAUUGCCACCAAGUAGUAAAACAUAAAAAAAAAUAUGAUCCAUAUAGAUAGAGGACUAUGAUGAUGAAUUUCACACGACUUCAUAAAUAUACUACAAAAUAAUUCAAGAAGCUUUACAUGUAAAACAUGAUAUCAAGAGUAAUAUACUACAGAACUUGUGCAUUGUGGAUAUAUAAAACAUUGUAUUUAUGUUUGUUUUUGUAGCAUCUUCUAAAAAUAUUUGUAUUAAUAUGCUUAAAUAAGAUAGUUACAAUAUUCAGAAUAUAAUGUUGUUGUGCAAAUGA